AUGCGUCUCGGCUUAGGUCAGUUCAGUGAACUCAGCGAAGAACGGUUGAAAUUCAUCAAGCAACUUGGGGUCGAAGAUGUGCUACUCAACACGCCACAACUUCCCGGCACAGAGCGGUGGGAAUUCAUGGACAUUCUUCAACUCCGGACAGAAAUAGAAAAUGCCGGACUACGGUUAGCGGCGCUUGAGAAUGUGCCUGUCUCAUUUUACGACCAAGCGAUGCUCGGCUUGCCCGGGCGCGACGCGCAAAUUGAGAACAUGGCAACGACGAUCCGAAACCUCGGUAAGGCAGGCGUUGAAAUUUUCGGAUACCACUGGAUGCCCAAUGAGGUCUGGCGGACCUCCCGAACCACACCGGGGAGAGGCGGUGCCGCUGUUACCAGUUUUGACAUGGAACAGGUUAAAGACGCGCCCCUAUCACAUGGACGUGUUUUCACCGAAGCCGAAAUAUGGGACAAUUACGAGUAUUACAUGAAUGCCAUCCUGCCUGUUGCAGAAGAGGCAGGCGUUAAACUCGCACUCCACCCAGACGACCCUCCCGUCGAAACCCUUGCGGGGGUGCCGCGUCUGUUCCGUAACUUUGAGGGCUUCAAACGCGGGAUGGAAAUCGCCGACAGUCCAAUACACGGACUCGAUUUCUGUGUCGGUUCCUGGUCCGAAAUGGGACCGGGUGUCACGGACGCGAUCCGUUAUUUCGGAGAACGCGACAAAAUUUUCUACGUCCAUUUCCGAGAUGUCCAAGGACAUGUCCCAAAAUUCGCUGAAUCCUUCGUUAACAACGGCAAUUGCGAUAUGUUUGAAGUGAUGCGUACGCUGAAAGAGGUCGGUUUUACAGGCUUCAUGAUUACAGACCAUGUUCCACACGUCGUUGAUGACACAGACUGGGGACACCGCGGUCGUGCCUACGCCAUCGGAUACAUGACAGCAUUUCUCGAAAUCUUAACCGCAACGUAG